AUUUUAUCUUUCAGAUACUUAUAAUUUAAAAUAUAAUAUGUUUGUAAAAGUAUUGUGUGAGGGAAGCCUACUUCUUGGUUUAAAUCCGGUGUGAACAACAUUUGUACAAGAUCAGAAUUCUAAAGAAGCAUCCACAAUGCCGAAUGCAAGUAGUGUGAUGGAGUCAUUUUGUGGAGAGGAGUUCAGAGUAUUCGACAGUACUGCACCGGCAUUUUCAGGCUGCUUUGAGAUGAUCGUUUUCAUGCUAUUGCCUUUUUCAUUACUGGCAGCCUCAAGUUCAUAUUAUAUUGGACUGUUAAAAAUACCUGACUUGAGGCUGAGGACCCCACGCCGUUAUUUAUUUCGACAGAUAUGCACUUUAGUGACAUUGAUUCUCACUGUGGCUAAUCAUCUCAUAACUAUAUUUGCAAGACAUGAAGGACAUGGUUUCAUUGUGAUAUCUUUUGCAUUGAGUACGAUCGCAUUAUUGACACAUUUCAUUUUUCUUACUCGACUGGCAAAAGUGCAUUUUCUUUAUGAGCGAGGACCUCGGUUGGUUAUGUUAUUCUGGUUGCUCACUCUGCCACAUUUUAUUGCAAAUGCAGAAUAUUUUUGUGCAAUAUUAAAUGUUUCAAAUUCUGCGUCGUAUUUGUUAAAAAUACAAGUUGGUCUCACAGUAUUGGCAGCCAUAUCUCAACUCCUCUAUCUCUUCUGUAUCACUGUUCCUUACGCAAAGUUCAGGACCGUCUCUAUUGUGGAAUCUGAGCCAUCUCUGCCUGAAGAAAGAGAACAGUUAUUGGAUAGUUCAAGUGGAAGUUAUUAUCAACUUUCUGAUCAGUCUCGUGAGCAACUUGACAGAAACCAAUGUCCAGCUGAUACUGCCAAUAUUUUUUCAAAAAUAUUUUUUUGUUGGGUAAACUCAUUGAUGAAAACUGGUGCAAAAAGGCAAUUGCUAAAUGUAGACUCUGUAUAUGAACUCCCAGAAGAUAUAACUACGACAACUUUAAACAAUAUUUUUUCAAAAAAUCUUGAUGCAGUAUGUCUGGAGCAAUCAUCUGAAAAUACAAUAAUAAAAUAUGCACUUUUAAGAGUUCUUAACAAGAGUUUUGGACUUGUGUAUUAUGCUUCUGGAAUAAUGAAGUUUUUGUCAGAUGCAUUAGCAUUUGCUGGACCUCUGCUUCUCAACAAACUUGUAAAUUAUAUUGAAAAUGCGGAUGAACCCCUUGUGCAUGGAUACUACUAUGCAACAGCAUUAUUUCUAUCUACAUUCGUCGGAUCUUUACUUUCAGCUCAUUUUGAUUACCAGGUGAAUAAAGUGAAUUUGAGAGUAAAAUCGUCAUUGAUCACUAAUAUAUAUAACAAGACAAUGCGAGCUCAACCAUCUGAGUUAUCAUCUUACACAACUGGUGAAAUUACAAAUUUUAUGAGCACUGAUGUUAACAGAGUUGUCAAUUUUUGUGUUAGUUUCCAUCAGUUUUGGAGUUUACCUUUCCAAGUUGCUGUUACACUUUACUUACUUUAUCUUCAGGUUGGAAUUGUGUUCCUGGCAGGUGUUGGAUUAGCAGUGGUCAUGAUAUUUUUUAAUCGAUAUCUCGCGAAUCAGAUUGGAAAGUAUAAUGCUGCUAUGAUGAAAGAGAAGGACAGCAGAGUUAAACUGAUGACUGAAAUUUUACUGGGUAUUAGAGUUGUCAAAUUCAAUGCAUGGGAAUACAUUAUGUCUGAAAAGCUUGGCAGGAUUCGUAAUGAAGAAUUGAAGAAUUUAAAAGGAAUCAAAUAUUUUGAUGCUGGAUGUGUAUAUUUAUGGGCAACUACUCCUGUUCUUAUUUCACUUCUUACUUUCUCUAUUUAUUCUGCCAUUGGCCAUGAAUUAACUGCAGCAAAAGUUUUCACUGUGAUAGCUCUGAUAAACAUGCUGAUUGCACCUCUGAAUGCUUUUCCCUGGGUAAUCAAUGGACUAAUGGAAGCCUGGAUAUCAUUAGAACGACUGAAUAAAUUUAUUCAACUGCAAAAUCUAGAAUUGGAAAAGUAUUACGAUUUUCCAGCAACUGUUGAACCAGAUGACAUAGAUAUUGUUGUUGAUAUAAAGAAAGCAAAUUUUUCAUGGAAUAGUUCAUUACCUAACUAUUCUGAAGAAACUAAUUCAGCUGUAAAUGGAGAAGACCAGGGAUUAACAGAUAUUUCUCUUCAAAUUAGAGAGGGUCAGUUCAUUGGUGUAAUUGGAUCCGUUGGAUCUGGGAAAAGUUCUUUGUUGUCUGCUAUUCUUGCUGAAAUGAAAAAGGAAAAUGGGAAACUUCAUGUAGAUUGCGUAAAUGAUGGAUUUGCUAUUGUACAUCAAGAACCUUGGAUACAACAUGCCUCUAUCAGAAACAAUAUUCUGUGGGGAAGACCAUACGAUGCUCAUCAUUAUCAAUCUGUAGUUGAUGCUUGUGCAUUGACAGAAGAUCUUCAAAUAUUUCCUGAUAGAGAUUUAACUGAAGUUGGGGAGAAUGGAGUAACUCUUAGUGGAGGACAGAAGGCACGAGUGGCUCUUGCCAGAGCAGUGUAUCAGGAUAAAAGUUUGUAUUUACUUGACGAUCCAAUAUCGGCUGUUGAUCAACACGUUGCGAGCUAUUUAUAUGAUAGAUGCAUUAUGGGUGAAUUAGUCGGUAAAACAAGAAUACUCUGCACUCAUCAUACCAGAUAUCUUCGACAUGCUGACAAAAUAAUUGUGAUGAAAAAUGGUAGAAUCGAUCAGAUUGGAACUCCCGAUGAAAUAUUGCAAUUGUCACCGAUUACAAAUAAUAAGAAAUUAUUAGAAAGCAAAAGUAAAUUAAGUGUUGCCUCAAGUUUUUCUAAUGACUCUCUGUCAAGUGAUGUAGAAUCAAAAACUAGAUUGAUGACAGAAGAAGAAAAAGCAGUAGGAACAGUCGCGUUCUCUGUCUAUAAAUCAUACUGGUUGGCAAUAGGAUCAUGUUUGGCAUUUUCUAUACUCGUUUUUUUAUUAUUAAUGCAAGGUUCAAAGGUUAUGUCAGAUUGGUGGUUAUCACAUUGGGUGACUAAUAUGAAACCUAACGCCAGUAUUGAUGGAUUGUAUUAUAUUUCACAACAUGGUGCUGGAAAUUUGUAUUUCACCUCAUUGCAUCCUCAGUUCAAUCAACCAUUGUCUAUUUCUAUUACUACCUAUACUACAUUUCUAAAAGGAGUAGAUUUUGUCUCAUCAAUGUCAUAUGAUACAAAGUGGUAUUUGAUGAUAUAUGGAUGUAUCGCUGCUUCAAAUAGUUUAUUCACUUUGUUCAGAUCAUUCUUAUUUGCAUAUGGUGGAAUAAAAGCUGCUCACGUAUUACAUAGCGCAUUGUUGAAAGGUAUACUUCAGGCACCAGUUUGUUUUUUUGAUAUCACGCCUGUUGGAAGAAUUCUGAAUAGAUUUUCUAGUGAUACGUACACUGUUGACGAUUCUCUUCCAUUCAUAUUAAACAUUUUUCUUGCACAACUUGUUGGUGUUAUUGGUACAGUUGUUAUUACGUGUUAUGGACUACCAUGGUUUGCAAUUGCACUUGUUCCACUGGGUGGAUUUUAUUUGUAUAUUCAGCAUUACUACAGGCUGACUUCGAGGGAGUUAAAAAGAUUGGGUAGUAUAAGUUUAUCACCUAUAUAUGCUCAUUUUACUGAAAGUUUAUCUGGACUUUCAACUAUUCGUGCUUUCAGAAAACAAGACGAUUUUAGAACUAAAAAUUUGGAUUUGGUGACUGCUAAUCAACGUUGCAAUUUUUCGACACUUGCUGCUCAAGAAUGGUUUGGAAUGAGGUUACAGAUGAUUGGUGUUGCUAUGGUGACCUGUGUAGCAUUUGUAGCUGUAAUAAUGCAUCAGAAUCAGUCAGUGUCACCAGGUCUUGCAGGUCUGGCGUUAUCUUAUGCACUAUCUGUAACAAGCUUGUUAUCAGGUGUGAUAACAUCAUUUACUGAAACAGAAAAGCAGAUGGUUGCUGUUGAAAGGGAAUCUUAUUAUAUUAAUAAUAUUCCAAAGGAAGAAGAUAUGCAGACUUCUGACGUGAAUAUAAUGAAUCAAUGGCCAAGUGGUGGUACUGUGGAGUUUUCUAAUGUCAGUUUGAGGUAUAGAGAAGGAUUACCACUGGCACUGGAAAAGAUAUCUUUUGAUAUAGAGACUGGUGAGAAAAUUGGAAUUGUUGGAAGAACGGGAAGUGGAAAGUCAAGUCUAUUAAUGUUAUUGUUUGGAAUGGUGGAUUCUAGUGAAGGAAAUAUAUUUAUAGAUGGAAUUAAUACUAAAGAUGUUCCAUUACAAGUACUGAGGUCAAAGCUCUCAAUCAUUCCACAAGAUCCAUUCCUCUUCAGUGGAUCAAUAAGAGAAAAUUUAGUUCCAGACUUGGAAGCUGAAAUUGAUGAUGAUAGUUUAAUAACUGUAUUGGAACAAUGCAAUCUAAAAGAUAAAGUAUACGAAAUGGGUGGCCUUCACACAAAUGUUGGUGAGCGUGGCAAAAGGCUCUCAGUUGGACAAAGGCAACUUCUAUGUCUGGCUAGAGCAUUGUUGAAAGAUACAAAAAUUGUUUGUUUGGAUGAAGCAACUGCAAGUGUUGAUGGUGAAUCUGAUGCAAUGUUACAAAAAACUAUUAAAGAACAGUUUGCAGAUAGAACAGUUUUAACAAUUGCUCACAGAAUCGAAACAAUAAUGGAUUGUGAUAGAGUUCUUGUAAUGGACGAUGGGAAAGUUGCUGAAUUUGGACCACCAGAUCUACUUAUGACAAACUCUGACUCUUUAUUUUGUAAACUAGCUCGUGGAAGCAAUCCUACUAAUAUUUGAUAUUUCAGUGCAAUAUUUAUUUAACACUAAGUAUUCCAAUAAAGAUGAUUUAAAUAA